AACUUGGCAAGAAACGCGUUUCUAAUUGGUCAAACCAACUGUCGGUCGUUUCCACUUCAUGUCAACGCUCGGAGGAAUAUGGCUGCCACCAUAACCUCUGAAGCAGAUGGAAAUAUCAAAGAAAACAGCAUGUUUUUGAAGAAAACUUUAUCCGCCGUCCCGCCUCUUACUCUGAGGAUUGUUGCAGAAUGUCCUGUGACGAAAGCAAGAGCUUGUGAUCUGAUUCUGCCUCACUCCAGCGUCAGCACGCCGGUUUUUAUGCCUGUUGGGACCCAGGGAACCCUGAAGGGGAUCACCGCGGAUCAGCUGGAGGGUCUCGGUUGUCAGAUUUGCUUGGGAAACACCUACCACCUGGGCAUGAGGCCGGGACCUGAGUUGAUAGAGAAAGCCAACGGUUUACAUGGGUUCAUGAACUGGAAGAGAAAUCUUCUAACUGACAGUGGAGGAUUUCAGAUGGUGUCUCUUGUUGAACUCUCAGAGGUCACAGAGGAAGGGGUCAAAUUCAAGUCCCCAUAUGAUGGCAAAGAGAUCUUGUUGAGUCCUGAGAAGUCCAUUAGCAUACAGAACAGUCUGGGGUCAGACAUAAUGAUGCAGCUGGAUGAUGUGGUCAGCAGCACUGUGAAGGGACCGCGUGUGGAGGAAGCCAUGCAUAGAUCCAUUCGUUGGCUGGAUCGCUGUAUAGCAGCAAAUAAGCAUCCAGACAAGCAGAACCUUUUUGCCAUUAUCCAGGGAGGACUAGAUGCAGAGCUGCGCAAGGCCUGUCUGGAUGAAAUGACUAAACGUGAUGUUCCGGGUUUUGCCAUUGGUGGCCUGAGUGGAGGAGAGGAGAAGGAUGAUUUCUGGCGGAUGGUCACACUGAGCACUGACCAUCUGCCACAAGAAAAGCCUCGCUACCUGAUGGGUGUUGGGUAUGCUGUGGACUUGGUGGUGUGUGUCGCUUUGGGAUGCGAUAUGUUUGACUGCGUCUUCCCAACCCGUACUGCAAGGUUUGGUUCUGCCUUGGUACCUUGGGGGUCUCUUCAGGUGAAGCAGAAGCAGUAUGCCAAAGACUUUCAGCCUAUAGACCCUGACUGCCAGUGUCCCACUUGCAAAAGACAUAGUCGGGCCUAUCUGCAUGCUUUGUUUAAGAGUGACACUGCCGCCAUGCAUCACAUCACCAUUCACAACAUUGCCUACCAGCUCACCCUGAUGCGUUCUGUGAGGCAGAGCAUCGUGGAAGGCCACUUUCCUGAGUUCAUACGGACAUUCAUGAAGCGAAUGUUCCCAUCGCCGGAUCAGUAUCCCGGCUGGGCGGUGGAGGCUUUGGCUUCUGUCAAUGUGACUUUGGAAUAGAAUUUUGAAGCUGGACUCUGAAUGGAGGAAACCAUCAAAUAGACUGAUUUUUAAAAAAAUCUUAAAUAACUUUUUUUUUUACAUAAGAUUGUUUUUUACUCUUUGCAUUUUUAAGAAAUUUACAAAUACCUCAUUUCACAAUCAGCCACUGACGGAGGAAAUUGGCUUUAAAUUAGGUUUGAAACACAUGACUGUUUCCUCAGAAAUACGCUGUUUUGGUUACCAUGGAUACAAAAGAAAUCCUUCUUGAUUUCUUUUUUACUUUUCUGUCAAUCCUUUUAUAAACUUAAUAUAGUCAAAGAGUGAUUUAUUUUCACCACUGUACAGUGCUAUUCUGAGCUUAUCUCUAUUAAGGUUUUUUUUAAAAAAAAACUCGCAUCUCAACACAUCCUGCGAGAGCUGAUUAAAUUUGGCUGCCUGCAGAUUGUAUGUUUGCUCCUCGAUGACCACUAGAGGGAGAAAUAGACGCAUCUUCCUGAUCUUCUGCUUCCAAAAUGAGUAUAAAACAAAAGUUAAUAAAUCAAAUAAAGAUAGAUUAAAAAUUUGGUGCGCACAAACACAGCAGUAUCAAAUUGCACAUACCCCAAGCUCUUUAUCUAAUGAAAUGCAUGUUCCUUAUUGGAUAAACAGCUGAGCUCACGUAAGUGUUGAUUUGCCAGGGCCAGGUUGAGGCAGAUUAAUAUUAAUUAAUGGAGGUUAAUUUGAAUAACAUCUGUUGUCAGCCCUCCUAAGUACCCCAUUUGAAUUUCAUUACUUUUUCUCCUAUGACCAGAAGAUCGGUGCCGCUUCAUCCUCCAAGUUGGAGAUAAACUAAAAUGUUGCACGAAGUCGGGUGUUGCAUGAAAGAAAAAAAAGUUAACUUAUUGCAAAAUUACAUAUGUUGGCUGUUGAAAUUAUAUUUGAAAAAAAAGUAUAGAAAUAACAUGUUCUUCCUGAUGAAAAUGUUUAUUUUCUUCAUCUUCUGCUUCCACUGAGUAUUCUAAUUAAAUUUAGUUUAUGAAUAAAAGAACAGCUCUCUGCUUACUUGGCAAGCCACCCAGAAUCGCGUUAAAUGUCGUCAAAUAAAUAUGCACCAUCUACAAAUCAACUCAUUUCCGUUGUAUAUUUCAGUUGUGCUGUUCCAAACUUAAUUAGCUAUAGCUUACUGCAUCCACCUUGAAGUGACU